GACAUAAAAGUUUUGUUGACGGUACUCAUCCCUCGUAAUAUCCGGGAAAACGCAUUAACUGGGAACGUACUGUUGUCCUUUUUUUUCCUUUUUUACACUAAAAGAUGUGCUUUCCGGACUUUCAUCAAACCAUGGGAAAUGUGACAGUCAUCACGCUGCUUCGUAGUUAUAUAGCUCAUAUGCCACAACAAAAAUGACAAAGGCAAGUGGGGAAAAGUAUCUGUUUGACAAGCCACUAGAUCGUAAGUGUCACACCCUUUUAAGAGGAGCCUUUAUAAAGGAGAGAUAAUGUAGAAUUAUAAUUUUUUUCAAGAUUAAUUAGAAGUGUGCUCUGAAGAACCAUGCUGCGCUUUGUUGUUGGCUGGCACAUGAUUUAGCUUAUUUUAGCGGGAUCGGCUCGCUCACGCUCGCCUACACUGUUGCUUCGGGGGCGGCUGCCUGUUGCGCAUGCAGCGCUGUCUGUGCUGUAACCUUGUGGGAUGGCCAAGGAAUGGCGAACUUCGGUAUUCAUCGCUUGCAAAUCAGUGAGAGCGACGACAGCGACCGGAAUAUUCUCGUGAGGGCUGACAGAUGUGUGUCGUACGAAAGCACCGAGCGUAUCGGCGCUGGCACGUCUUGGUCCACGGAGUCCCAUGAUGACAUCCCAUUAGAUCUGACCAACUCCGUGGAAACCUGUUGCUCACAGCACACAGAACUAAGUUUCCCCAGCGGUGAAAUACAAGGUGAACGGCUGGCAAAGUGCUGGCAGUCAAAUUACCACGAGGCAGCAAUAUUCCUUGAGGAAGGUGAAAACAAUGACAAGCUGGACUUCCACCCAUGUAGCCGCGAAGCACUGCCAGCCUACCUUGUCGUACACAAUGUGCUCUUCUACUGCCUCGACCUACUCUCGGCCACCGUGCUUAUGGCAUUGGCCCUUAUGGAGGCCCCCGCUGUGCCAGGUCUCAGUGUCCCUGUGGCCCUUCACGUUUCUGUUGAACUCCUGGCCCUCUCUGUUGUUGCUGUUGAACUGUGCAUGAAACUUCGGUGGAUGGGACUCAAACCAUUCCUUACUCACAAGAGAACUGUCUUCAAACUGUCGAUCCUGCUGUUAAUGCUCAUAGAGGCACUUGUGGUUGCUGCACGACAGGCCACACACUUCCGCAUCCUUCGUGCCCUCAGGCCCAUCUUCCUAAUUGACAAUCACUACUUGGGUGGCGUUCGGAGGUUGACUCGACAGAUCCUGCAGUCUCUUCCACCAGUGUUUGAUAUGUUGGUCAUAUUGUUUUUCUUCAUGACAGUGUUUGCUAUUUUAGGAUAUCACAUAUUCUCAUUUGUUAACAACGAGCCCUACUUCAGUACACUGUAUGACAGUCUCGUGAAUCUCUUCGUACUGUUGACAACGUCCAACUUCCCUGAUGUGAUGAUACCAUACUAUGCCAACUCCAAAUGGGCUGCACUGUUUUUUGUUGUGUUUCUGCUGGUCCACCUCUACUUCCUGAUGAACUUGGUGUUGGCAGUGGUGUACGAGCGUUUCUCAUCUCUGGAGAAGGACAAGUUUCGCAAGCUGCUACUUCAUCGCAGAAAGGCCUGCCACCAGGCCUUUCGCCUGCUUGUCAAUCGUUCCUCUCCAUCAUGCCUCUACUUCUGCCACUUCGAGGGACUCAUGAAGUACUACAAGCCACGUGCAAAGCGAAGAGACGUCUACUUGAUGUUCAAGACCAUGGACACAGCCCAGAAUGGAUUUCUGAGCCAGGAAGAGUUCCUUCAGGUGUACGAAGCCAGCAAGCUCACAUGGGAGCGAAAGUGGUCAGACUACCCUUGGUUUAAUGAGCUGAAGAGACCAUUUGAGAGAAAACUAUUUGAAGGUGCUUACAAGUUGAUCACUUGGAAAUGGAGCAACGUUAUCAUCUACCUUGUCAUCACAGCAAGCUUUCUCUGGCACAUUGUGGAAAUCACACAGUUGACAGGUGGCCCCACGUCAUUCUUAGGGGAUGGAAGGACUGGACUUUCAGCAUGGCUUCUAGUUGGGCUGCUCAUAUUUUACCUCACUGAGAUGCUUUUGAAGAUAGCAGCAUAUGGUGUGGCCGAUUACUUCCACAAAGGCUGGAACAAGUUUGACUUUCUGGUCAUCGUAGCAGCUGUCGUGUUUGGGUCCAUAGGAGCCUUCCUGGAUGCUAACUUGUUGCGAAUACUCAUCUUUCGUUCACUGCGCCUUCUCAAGUUGUUUCAAUUGAAGAAGAGCUACCAUGAUGUGCUGGGCACGGUGUUCAUCCUGAUGCCUCGAUUUGUCAGCGUUGGAGUUGUCCUUGUUAUUGUCUAUUACUUCUUUGCUGUCAUUGGAAUUGAGGUUUUCUCACAGUAUGUCAUGGAAGACUGCUGCAAGAACACUACGGUUGAACUCUACUUUGCCACGAACACGUCAUCUGGACCAGGCUAUUUCUACCUGAUGAACUUUCACAAUCUAGCCAACAGUUAUGUGACCCUGUUUGCCCUGAUGGCUGUCAACAAUUGGUUCAUCAUAAUGGAUGGAUACGCUGCAGUCACAUCGGAGUUCAGCCGUCUAUUCUUCAUGUCCUUCUAUCUUAUUACUAUGAUCGUCCUGCAAAUCGUUGUGGCUUUUGUAUUAGAGGCGUUUAUAUUCAGGAUACAGUACAAGAUGAAGAUAGGCAAAGAGAGUAAAGAAGACAACCUCGUGAGGGUGGAGACAACAAUGUCACGGGCAGAGCUGCAGUUCUGCAGCGUGCCUCCCGAGAUUUCCAGAAACCCACAGCCACUGAGCUACGAUGUGGACGCCAAUUCUCAAAAACUUGUAUUUCGAGGGGUGCGCUGGAAAACAAAGUUUUCCUUCUGCCUCAAGAUGUAUGCUGAUGAAGCAAAGGAAUGGCUUGACCAUGCGGAGCUGGAGGAAAGGCGCUCCAAUGACUGGCUUGUUCUCAACAUGCAAAGCUCUGAAGCCGACGGUGGAAACCGAUGGAAUGGAAACAACGCUAAUCGUCGGACAUUUACCUUAUGACUACAAACAGCCUCGGUGUGACAACAUGUACAGCUGUAUAGCACAUGCAAUUCAUAUUUUGCACAUCAACCAUGCCAUCAUUGCUGCCGGGUAAAAAGUGCUGACAGUGCCUCAGCCAGCUUUAACAUGUUUGUUUCACAGUCAUAAGCUGAAGUUACGUGCAAUCCUUUAUCGACUCGGGUUGAUGUAUGGUGGUCAGCAUAGUCAGAUCAUCAGCUGCAGGCUCAAAAAAAAAAAAAAAAAAAAAAAGAGAGUGAGAGAGAACGAGUAAAAAAGAAAGUCCAACCUCGUCCACUUAGGAUUUGAUUCUGGGUGCGCGCUAGCUUCUUCAAAUGUGCUACGAGCACGGGAUGGCUGCAUUGACCAUACUCGGUGUGUAGAAGGCAAGAAAAGACAACUAAGACAAGAUGAGAGAGCAAACGUUCAUGCCAUCAGGGUAGCAGAAAUUUCUGUGAAUGCAUUACGAAGUGCACAAGUCCUUGUGGAGGCUUUUAUUUACUUAUAUACAUUUUCCAACCUCCAAUUUUACUUAGCUAAAAGGGUGUAGGCAUCUUGUCAAGCACUGUUUAAUAGUUGGCCAUAAGAGCAUUUAGAGUAAACCUUUGACACAACGAAGCGACCUUGUGUACUGUAGUACGACUACGAAAGUGUGCACAAAGCUGUCAUCGAUGCAACUGCGUGAAAUAUACAGAGGCUGUAAAGCUUGGACUUUUAUGACAUUUCCCUCAUGGCUCGAAUGCCAGGGUGGAUGCUAACCAACUAUUAUAUGUUAAUUUGUGACGUCUGCCACCAUCCAGUAGGACUGCACAGUAAACAGGAACCUUGUGCAAGGUCGACAUGACUCAAGUGGCAUGAACAUACAUUUUUUGAGAUUUGUGCUUUCUGAGUAUCAUACAUUUCAAAUCCGUAUUUACAUUUAAGUUGAAUAGUUUUAAGCAAACGUCACAAGGUUGACAAGCCAAAGAGAACUAGGCUGAAACUGAGCCAGCAAAACAAUAUAUAUAUAGAUGGAUGUCUUUUCAAAGCUGCUCCUACAUAGUGCAUUUUAUGUUCUAUAUGUGCAACUCGUCCUGUGCUUCAAUCAUUGCAACUUUUGUAUGGAGGUCGCAUCUAGAGGCAAAAAUUUUUGCAUCGCAAGACAAGUUUUGUAUCCUUUAUGGCUGCUUUGACCAGUAUCCAUUUUAAUUCUUCACUUGUUUCUCGCAAGAUCUUUUAACACGAGCAACCACUACUGUUGGUUGCUUGAAAACUUAAUCCUCGCUGUUGUGCCUUUGGUAGCAGGUACAGCCAGUGUUAGGCUAAACACAAGUGGACCUGCUUAAGUGCAAAAGACAGAACCAAAAGAAUUUUUUUGUCAGUACUCGUUUAAUGCAACAUGGGAGCUGGUAAUAUUGUUUCGAAGCCAACACAGCCAUCAUGAAGUCGGCUUUCUUCGUUACUUGGCAUGUGUGGCGACAUAACCACAGUUCGAUGUGCCUAGACUGCAGUACAAUCCGUUUUUUUUUUUCUUUCUUUGGUGACAAUUUCCACUAAACCCCUCACGCAAUUCUGCGAAAGUGCUGGUCAAUUGCAGCGGCUUGUGCACGCCCCAGGCUUGGCUUUCCAGUUCCUAUGCUUCUUGUUGUGCACCAUCUACACUGCUGUUGCUACACUACAUUUCAUAAAAGACAAUGGUUUGACCAUCAUGCUUUUUAGAAUGAGCUGCAAGUUUCAUUUUGCUCUGCUAUUUGUAAAACAUUUGGCAAAAUACAUCCCUCCAGUCUAGCUAGCACGUCCGACUGUGAAAGCAUUUUCAAAACAGUGCAUAGGAAAUGUUACCCGCAAGGCAAAAGGUGUUUGUGAAUUGGGUACUUGAAAUUAUGACAUUUUAAUAAAACAUUUUAGGUGGCAA